AUGCAGAUCUUUCGCUCCAUGGCAACCCUUUUCGUGCUGUCAGCCUUGACCGGUGCCGUCGUGUUGCCGUCCAACUACCAGCGCCGCAGUAUGAUCACGAUGCGCGAUCAACACAAUGUCCAAACCGAGGUGAAUGGAUUCAUUCAAGAGCUCAAGUCUCACAACCUAGGCAAGCUGGCCGACACGCUGCAGAACAAUCAGGACGUGGCGCGCACUAUUUUGGAGUCUCCAGGGACAAAGACUUUUUUGGCACCCGACGAUGACGCCAUCACUGGUCUUCCACAAUGGGUCACCUCGAACGAGAGACUGCUGCAGUCUACGCUACUCAUGCACGCCCUGAACGGCACCUAUGAUCUGAGCCUCAUUCCCGCAAAGCCCUUGAACCUCGUUGGUCACUCUCUGCUCACCGACUCUCAAUACGCAAAUCUUCCUGGCGGCAAUGGACAAGCGGUAGCACUGGCUUUCGACGGUGGCAACGCCGUCGUUCAGGAGGCUUCCAACACCAAUUCUUUCGUGCCAAGUAACGAUUUUCAAUUCGGUGACGUCGCCGUCAGACCCUUGGCGCGCGCCAUGACGGUCCCGGGCAAUGCCACCGCUACGUUGGCCUACCUCUCCUCGCACUCGCAACUGCUCAACGCUCUGCAAGCUCAGAGCUUUGGUCAAUCGCUAGAUGAUUUGCGCGGAGCUACGAUCUUUGUGCCCACAGACGAGGCCUUGCAGCGAUACGUCCAAAGCAAAGGCGUUCAGCAGGACCAGAGCAAAUUGGAAAUUCUAAUCAAGCAGCACAUUUUGGCCUACAGGACAGCGUAUGGAGUCUUGUUGGGUCAACAAGGAUCGAUGAUCAAUGCAGCGGGUCAGAAUGUGGUCUACGACCAGAAAGCCAACUCCAUCACCGUCGGUCAGUCCACUGCUAAGAUUGUGCAAUACGACAUCAUGUUCCGAGGAGGAGUCAUGCAUCUUCUGGACAAUGUGCUUGGGGAAGAGACGUACAAUGAGGCGCGUGCGCAACAGGCUGCCCAGAGCGCUCAACGCAGCGCCAACAGCGCUGUAGCUGGACCUAUCAGCUACCAGAAUUCCGCUUCUUCGCAAGGCAACUCCGUUCCGGGACCUGAUAGCAACAAUUCCAACGAGGGUUAUCGCAACUCUACCAUCACGACGCACGACGCUUCCAGCGGAGGCAACGGCACCAACGGGCAGGGAGCCAACGGCAGUGACGGUGGCAUCAACAAUGGUCUCCUCGGAGGAAACAUGAACGGGACAGGAGGACGCGGCUCCAAUGGUAAUGGGAAUGGCAAUGGAUCGUCUAACGGCGCUGCUACUCUGGCUCUCGCCAACGCUUGUGUCACCCUCUCCACGUUGACGGGCAUAAUCAUCGUCUCCCUCUUCACACUCUGA